AGUCGAAUAAAAAUCGCCAAGAUGUUCACAAUAUUAUCAGAUGAAGUGUUGGACACAUUAACUUGCUCAAAAUGUUCGAAAUACCUCUCUAUACCGCCUGUGAAGGUGUACCCAGACAAAAAAAUUUUAUGUGGAAGAUGUGCCAAAAACAACGACCAUGGUUUACUAUCUCUAUACAACUCGAUAAACAAUAAUUUCCUCUUUAAAUGCGUCAACCGAUAUGAAGGAUGUACGGCUGUUUUGAACCCAAACGAGAUGGAAGAACACGAAAAUAACUGCACCAGUGAGUUAUAUGAUUGCCCUAUAUGCAAAAUCCAGCAGUUUUCAUGUUUCAAUAUGCUUGUGCAUUAUAAAAAUAAGCAUAGAGGAUCUGUGUUGAAAAAUCCUGAGGUUAUAGUGCUUCCAACCAAAGAUACCGACAAUUAUUAUUUGUACGUCAACGAAAACCAAAUGUUUAUAUGGAAUAUACAAGUCGACACAGUGCACCAUAUGAUCAAGUUGGAAAAUGUACUGAUAGGCCCUCAAAAGUUAUCAAGAGGAAUACAAUGUGUCUACAAAGUGGAUAACACCAUCUCCAAAUACUACAACUGUGAAACUAAAUUUAACACAGCAAAUAUCCACACCAAAAAAUUAACAAGUGAAAACGAGGUUAAGUGCGAGUUGGUCUUCAAAAUGGAGUCCACGAGGAGAUUCAGUUUCAUGGGGAUUCGCCAACAAUCACUCACUGAACACGAAGAUCCUCUUCAGGAUGAUAAAAUAGAGGAGGACAGCAGUUUUUCCGAAGCCACUCCAGAGUCAUCAUUAUCAUCAUCAUUGGAUAACGACCAUACAAAAGUCCCAAUAAUAUUUCUACCGGUGAGUUUGAGAAGAUUGCACCAAGAUUGGCAGCUAUCAGACUGCAAAACUGUGUUAACCAACAUUCUUAACCCAGCCUAUAAACUGCAAGCCCUCUGUGAAAUUUGUGAGGAACCUUUUCAAUCGGUGAUAUCAGGGGUGUAUUUUUACGCUUGUGACGAAAAACACAACAAGCAUUUGGCGUGCGCAAACUGCUUUAAGCAUCAAAAAGUGUGCUCGAGCGGGUUUUCAUUUAAACUAUUCGAUAAACCUGGGGCUAUCUACAAGAAAUUAUCAUUUUACUGCCGGUGGGAGUGCGGUGGUCAUUUCAAUAACCUCGAAUUGAGACAGCAUGAAAAUACCUGCCCCACAAGACCUUACAUUAAAUGCCCAGUCGUAAAUUGUGACGUGGACUGCAAAAACACGUUUUGGCUGUCGGAUCAUUUCCAAAACAACCACAAAAAUGUCACACUGGAGAUUGCAACCACCUCCAAUGUUUUUAUGACUUUUGAGUUCCUUAAGAAUAAAGAGAACAUUCAGUAUUUUGUUAAAGAUGUUUUUAUUAAUAUUAUUGUUCUGAAAGUCAGUCCAACUUCAAGAAAAUGUUUUGUUAGCAAAUUUUGCGGGGUUGAUAAUGGUGAUUGUCAAAAAGUUUUGAUAGUAUUAAAUAAAAUGUAUCUUACCGAUAGCUCGCAGUUUUUAAUUGAAAGAAAUGGUUCUGCCAGGGUUAUUGUAAAAUCUAUCUAAUGUAUUUAUUUUAGUGCCUUUUAUAUUUUUAUGUGUUUUAUAUUUUUUUACUUAAUUUUAAUAAAUUUUAUCUACUUC